AAACCAGAAAAAAAAAAGAAAGAAAAGCAAACAGCUUCUUUAUUGAACGUAAUAUGGCGAUGACGGAUUUACAGCCUGCGAUUUAUUUUUCCACAAUAAAGUCAGUGAGUAAAGGUGUCAACCAGAACUACAUUUCUGCCGUGAUUUAAAACAUUUUCAGAUUCUCCCACAGCUGAGAUGAUGAAUCGUGCUCACCUUUUCUUAUCAAGAAAGAACUGCUGCAAAAGUCUUAAUGAAUAACACCUUUGGAAUGUGGCUUUCAAAGGAGUAAAAAAAAAAAAAAAAAAAAAAAGAGAAAAAAAGAUACACCUCUCCAACAUCCAACCCUAGAAACUUAAACGCUCUCAGGGGGUGGAAUCUGAAAUGACAGGUUGUGGGUGGGGAGGUGGGAGUUAAAGUAUCACUACCAAUCUGCCACAAGGACACAGAGGAGCCUCGACAACUCGGCUGACUCAAACAGGUGAGAGCCUAACCCAAAAAAAUUGGCCUUUUUCGCAGUGGAUCUGAUCUCGUCUCUCUGACUUGUUCGCACGGCCAGACCUCAUUAGGAAGUCUAAAUUGGCUUCAUUUUCAAUGCAUAGCAAAUUUGACCUGGUUAAUUGGUGCUGGCAGAUCCUUAUUUAGAUUCAUUAUAAGAGAUUUAAAAACGAAGCACAGGUCAAAAUGCUAACAGCGCCUCAGAGGGAAGACAGAGAAGAUGUGACAAGAGCUGACAAUGUAAAUAAAGGCCAAGGUUGAGAGUAGAUAGUAAACUAGAUUAUACACUUGUUAAUGUUGCGUUGUGGUUAGGGUGAAACUUGUUAAAUAGCAAUUGGUCGUUUCUUUCAAUGCAGGCUGACGUUUUACAAGUUACGGCUCAAUCAGCUCAGGACAAACGGACAGGAAGAGAGAACGUAAGGUUGAGUUCAUUUAAGCUUACUCAUAAGAAAAUCUCCUCAGGUCGAACGUCGGAGAAACAUCAUGUCAAAAGGCAAGUUGCUCAAUGUUUAGGAAAGUGCUUUUAGGCAAAUUACAAAUAUUUGCUAUUACUAAGUAUUACGCUUUGCAUCUUUUAGACAUUGACAGAAAUCAGGUGUUGCAAAACAUCAAGGUGCGAAAACCAACCAAGAAAGACUGCUGGUGGAUCCAUAGUUCUAACAAUGACAAAAUAGUUCCUGAAGUGAAACAGGAACCUGCUCCAGCGACAACGAAUUCGUUGGUCCAGUCGAGGAUCAAAAGAUUCCAGCCUUCAGCUAAUCAGACAAAAAAUGAAGAUGAUUCUAUCAAACCUGAUGAUUCGACUGAGGAAACAAGAAAAAAUACCACGAGAAAUACAAAACGCCUAUCACCAUCCAAACAGGCACAAGAGCAACAGCCAGUCAUAAACACAAACAAUGAAAAGAAGGAGGUUGAUUUAAAUGCACCAGCUGGCAAGUCCAAUGUGGAGCAGAACGGGGGUGAUGUUAAGGUCUCUGCAGAUGUAAAUAAUGAAGAACAAAUCCAACCAGUUUCUUCAGGAAAUGGUAACACUGAUGCAGCAGAACCACCACCUGCCCAUAAAACUGCAGAAGUCAAAGAACAAAAUCCUGACACUGAUUAUCAGGUUUCCCGUGAUCUUGGGGUGAAAUCGGGUACAACAGACACUGCAGAGAUUCCUGCUACACCUCCAGAAGCUUUGACCAAGACAGACACAAGUAGUUUGGAGGAUGGAGGGGAGACCGUAUCCAUGCAAACUACAGAGGGAAGUCGAGAGAAAUCCCUGCUACCUGCAGAAGAAAUUGUACCCGCUGCCUCUCCGUUUAUUGUGAAGGUGAAGACUGCUACGCCGGAUGAAGACAUUCCUCCUCAAGCCAGUGUGGAACCUAACGUGCUGUUUAAAUCUGUAAGCAAGUCACCUGCUCAGCCUGGAAAUGAAACACCUUCAGAGGCCAGUUGUGAAAAACAUCCCCCAGAGCAAGCUGACAAUGAAACUGUUGAAGCUGAGGUUGAGCCGGAGGUGGAAACCCCCAAUGUUGAUAAUGCAACACCCCGUGAGGAGGCUCCUCCGCUUAACAGUGUGCAACCAGUCGCCUGUACUCUGCCUGGGUCACACGACGAAAUCCAGGCAGCUGACAAUAUUGUUGUUGAACAAAGUGUUGAGCCAUCAUUUUUAGAUGAAGUACAUUCCAUGGAUUUGAACAUUGAAGAUACUCUUAAACCCAUACCGUCUGCAGAUCCUGAAGCUGUUCAGGAUAGUUCAGAUUACAGACCCAUUAAUCUGACAGAUGCCCUGUAUGCGGAGGCACCCCAAAAAGAAUGUGUUCCUAAAACUGAAGCUCAAGAGCAGCCUCAUCAAGAGGAACCUAAUCCCCAGCCUGACGAUGCUAGAGUUUCUAAAGGUCUUCAGAAGCCUGCAGAAGAACUAAAUUCAACCCAGGAUCCUAAAAUAUCCAGUGAUGGAACUCCUUUUUGCUCUUACUGCAACAAAAUAAUUGAUGGGAACGUGAAGAUCACUUUGAGCAAACCGCCCAUGGUCUGCCAUGAAGAAUGCCUCAAGUGCGGCGUUUGUGCUAAGGCCCUGGGAGAAAUGCCGAUCGCCAUGUUCUUGCUUGGCAAUGUGAUCCACUGUGGAGACUGCUUUGCAAAAGCACUUAACUUUUGAAUUCUGCUGGCGAAAAAUACUUUCUGUCACCAAGCUUACAGUGAAUAAUGUGCUCUCUGAGAAUCUCCACGGUUUUGCCCUUGAUCUGUACACUGUUUUGCUGAAUGUUUUCUUUCACUGAAAAGGAGGACAUGGUGUGAUGGGAUGUUUAAAAAUUGUGUACUAAAUAUAUAUAUAUUUACAGUGCUAAUUACCACAGAUGUUUGAAUGAAAUGCUCCAUAAUCAGCAUAAAUUAUUUUAAUGCCAUGUACAGGAUGUGAUUAAAAUGAAAUUACAAUCAAAUCAAUCAUUUAAUUAGCCUCAAUUACAAAUAAGCACACACAACACUGGUCAGCUUCAGAGCCGUUAUUUAAAUAUCGACCUCUCUGUUGCUAAUUUUAGGUAAUCAUGAAGACAAUUCCUCACGUUUAUGAGAAACAAAAAGAAAAAAACUAAUAAAAUG